GCGUACAAUAGCCGCACGCACAUGGCAGUCGGUUGAUCUGUUGGUAGCGCAAACCGCCGUUAUUACCAGCGAGGUAAACGCGAUGGCGGAUCACUAUCCUCCCGCGCAGCGCGUCGGUCACGAAUUCGUGCGCCACUACUACACCCUCCUUCAUCAGGAUCCGCUGCAGCUUCAUCGCUUCUAUCUCGAGAACUCCUCCUUCUUUCACGCCGUAGAGAACUCGGACGACGAGCCAGUCGUCGGACAGACGAACAUCUAUCAGAAGAUCGCCAAUCUCAAUUUCGUCGAGUGCCACGCCGUCAUCAAGCAAGUUGACAGUCAGCCGACCCUCUCUGAUGGCGUCGUCGUUCAAGUGACGGGCGAAAUCUCGAACAACGGGCAAGCAAUGAGGCCAUUUGUGCAGACAUUUGUGUUGUCGCCCAAAGGGCCGAAGAAGUACUACGUGCGCAAUGAUAUAUUUCGCUAUCAGGACGAGAUUUAUGAAGUUGAGAGUGCGGAGGGAGGCGCGCAGGUUGGCGGUUCGAUUGAGGGUGAAGUGGAGAGUUUUGUUGUGGCGGAGGAUGACAUGCGGGCGUUUAGUGCGACGGGCGUGCCGAACGGGCAGGAGGAUGAGAGUGUGGGGAAAGAAGAAGCGGCCGGUGAAGAGAUAAAUGAACCGGAAAUGGAAGAGGGCAUGUCUCCAUUGGCUGAGAGUGCGAUUAUUACGAAUGAGGCGAGCGAGUUGGCUGAUGUCGAGCAGAGCGAGGUGGUUAGUAAGCAGAGUGCUGUGUCAUCCUGGGCGAAUAUUGCGGCUCCGAAGGCGUCAAAUCAAGGAGCUCAACGUGCGAGUACGAAAAGUAUUGCUCAGAGUGGCCUCGCACCCCCAGCGCCUGUCGCGCAGAGUGCGCCUAUUGUGCAGGUUCAGCGUGAGCGGCCGCCGCCGUUGCAUGCGGAACAGACGUCAGCGCCAGCAUCUGCGCAUGUGGAGAGACAAUAUCUACCACGUCCACAGAAGCUUGUGUAUAAUGAUAAUCAGCAGGUUUUCGUGGGAAAUAUUCCGCAGAACGUUGAUGAGGACGAGUUUCGUGACAUCUUCAAACGUUAUGGCAACAUCCUCGACAUUCGAAUCACACCCAAACAUUUUGGGUUCGUCACAUUCGAGGACCCCCAGUCGGCCUUGGACGUGUUACACGAGCAGAAAGAAUUGAAACUACACGGCCAACGACUCAAUAUUGAAGAAAAGAAGAGCAACUUAGGAACUCGUGGAGGCCGAGGCAGGGACAAUACGGGAGUGUCCGGCACACCAGGCCGAGGAGGUAGAAUGGACAAGGAUAGAGACAGGUUCGGUGGUGGUCGAGAAAGGUACAGUGGAAGGGGCGGCGGUCGGGUCCCUCCACACAAUAGUCAGAAAUAUUGAGUAGCACGUGACUUUAGGUGGACGUGGAAUGCUUAGGAUUGGAACUUUCUGAAUUGCAAGAGUGUUUUAUAAACUA